AAAAAAUCCCAUUUGGUUGAUCGGAAUCAUGUACUUUCUGCAUUUUUAUUAAAACUUUAUUUACUGUUGAUUAUAAUGCAAAACCUUAAGUUGUUGAUAUCAGUAUAUUUUUUGCAGGUUGUUGAAACAAUGUUACGAAUAACCAAAACGGUGUUGUGCAAAAAUCAACCAACACCUGCAGCAGUUUUGAUAUAUUGCCAACGAUUUUCUACAGAAGCUCAAUUGGAACCACCGCAACCAUGUGUCAAAACAUCUAUCCCUGGCCCAAAAACCCUGGAAUUGUUGAAGGAUCUUAAUUCAUUACAGCAAGCGGGUUCCGUGCAGCUAUUUGCCGACUAUGACAAAAGUAUUGGCAAUUAUUUCGUAGAUGCAGAUGGUAAUGAAUUUUUAGAUGCAUUCACUCAAAUAUCAUCUGUGCCCGUUGGAUACAACCAUCCAGAACUAUUGAAAGCUUUUGCAGAUCAACAUAAUUUAAAAUCACUGGUUAAUAGACCUGCACUUGGUGUUUUUCCUUCAAAGGACUGGCCCGAAAAAUUACGUAAUGUUUUGUUAUCUGUCGCGCCUGCCGGCUUAAAUGCAGUAUCAACAAUGAUGUGUGGAUCUUGCUCCAAUGAGAACGCUUACAAAGCCGUGUUCAUGUGGUACCAGACUAAACAGAGAGGUGGAAAGAUUGACUUUACACCAGAAGAAAUGGACUCUUGUAUGGUCAAUCAGCCACCAGGCGCUCCCAAAUUAUCGAUCAUGUCCUUCAAAGGAAGUUUCCACGGUCGAACAUUCGGAGCUCUGACAACAACCAGAUCCAAGCCAAUACAUAAACUGGACUGCCCAGCAUUCGAUUGGCCAGCGGCUCCGUUUCCAAGAUACAAAUACCCUCUUUCCAAUUUUGAACGUGAAAAUCACCAGGAAGAUGAAAAAUGCUUGGAGCAAGUUGAGGAUUUAAUAGAAAAAUAUAAAAAAGCUGAUAAUCCCGUUGCGGGGAUUAUUGUAGAGCCCAUUCAAUCUGAAGGUGGGGACAACGAAGCAUCACCUCAGUUUUUCCAAAAACUACAAAGUUUAUGCAAAACAAAAGGCGUGGCUCUGAUAAUUGACGAAGUCCAGACGGGCUGCGGCCCCUCAGGCAAGAUGUGGUGCCACGAACACUUCGAGCUGCCCUCACCCCCUGACAUAGUCACUUUCAGCAAGAAGAUGCUCACCGGCGGGUUUUAUACCAAAAGCGAAUUCAAAGCACCACAUUCCUACCGCAUUUUCAACACAUGGAUGGGAGAUCCAGGGAAACUUAUUUUGUUGGAGCGCGUUCUUAAAGUCAUCAAACAGGAAAACUUAUUUUCGCUGGUACAAAAAACUGGCACCGUCUUGAAAGAUGGACUACACAAAUUGGAAAAUGAAUUUCCAAAUCUGAUAAAUAGUGUGAGAGGCCGCGGUACAUUCUUAGCUUUCAACGUGUGCAACACAGAAUUGCGAGACAAAGUAAAUAACAACUUGAAGAAAAACGGUGUCCUAGGUGGCGCUUGUGGCGAGACAGCUAUUCGACUGCGACCGGCGCUCGUGUUCGCUCCGAAGCAUGCCGAGAUUUAUUUAGACGCAUUGCGUAAAACUCUGAAGGAGCUUUAAUUGUGUUACUCAACAACAUUAUUUGAAUAACAUAUAUAGGUGUGUUGCUAAGACUGCCUACUUUAAAUAUUGUGUCAUUAAAUAUUUGACCGCGUUUAGCUUUUGUCGAUUUUUGUAAGGCGGAUAGAGUUUAUAUCGAAUUUAGAGACAACAGGGGUAUCGCCACGAUUCUCUCGUCUAUAGAGAUGGCGUCUAUAAUGUUUCUUGAAAUUCCAUUAUUUUUAUUGAGAUUGAUUUUGCAUUUUUAUUUUUAUAUAUUUUUAUUUCAUGUAAAUAUGUCUGGAUAUCCAACCAACAUUGCAUUAAUGUUAGUGCUAAGUGAAUAGAGUUGUUGUAGUCACUUGAAUGAAUAA